UGUCCAAAUACGUAUAUAUUCACGUGACGUAGUGUAACCAAUAGGAGGAGGUGCAAUGUGUGGAAAUCCCCACCUCAACCAGGUUUGCCCCAAAUCACAUCAUUUGUUCGUCAUGCGGAUGGUAAUUAGAGUAUUCCUAUCUAUUUCUCUCUUAGGUCUAUCAAGUAUUAUCUUAAAUAACACAAACUACUUCGAGCACCAAGUAUCUAAUUUGAUAUUCGCCGCACACAAAAUGGCAUCCCCACCCGUUUUACAAUCUGACAUCCGUCCACCACCAUUAAUUGUCGAAUCCCCAGAGGUAAACAAAAACACUCUUAUUCUUCUCCACGGUACAUCAUCCUAUGGAACAGCAUUCGCCAAAGAAGUCCUAAAUCUGGUCCACUUUGAUGUACUACUCCCGUACACUAAACUUAUUUUCCCAUCGGGAAGUCUACGGAAAACUACUGUAUUCGGUGGAAAAUUAACCCAUGCUUGGUUCGACAUUACCGAUUUCGCAGACCGGACGAAAGGAGAACAACAACAGAAAGAGGGAUUGAAGGAGAGCGUGGAAUAUCUUGGUCAGCUCGUCCGGGACGUAGUGGAAGAUAAAUCUCGUGAUGGAAAUUUCGAUGUUUUUGUAGGAGGCUUGAGCCAGGGAUGUGCUACGAGUAUGAUUUUGUUGUUGAGUGGGGAGUUGGAUAGAUUAGGGUUAUCGCGGAAGUUUGGUGGGUUUGUGGGGUUUAGUGGUUGGUUACCUUUCAGAAGACAAAUUGAUGAGGUUGCUGCUGUUGGGAAAAAUUCGACGGAGAAGAGAAUUCUGGUUCAAAAGUGGUUGAGGAGUGAGUUGGGUCUUCCACCUGUGUCGCCUCUAGAUAGCACAGAGUCUUUCGGAAAAGGUAUGAGGAUUUUCUUGGCUCAUGGGACUAAUGACGGGAAAGUAAAGCCAGAAUGGGGUGAGGAUAUGAAGAAGGUCUUGGAGGCUGUUGGGUAUAAAGUUGAGUGGAAAUUAUAUGAAGAUUUAGGACAUGUCGUUGUGGCAGAUGAAUUGAAUGGCAUGGCGAGUUUCAUCAGGCAGAACUCAACUGUGCAAAAUGAUGGCUAUUGAAGAGAUCUUUGUCACUGAGCCUACUGCCUCUCCUUCAAAUAUCUAGGAUUAGACACCGAUAUUUGGCCAGCUAGUGAUCAGUUGCAACUAAAUACAAAGACAUUAAUAGACGAGCUUUAGAAAUUCUCGGUUCUCUCAAAGGACAUGAUAGAUAUUGUAAGGCCCCAAGACGAGCUGAAAGACCAUUGAAUGUAUGGGAUAUUUGGGCGUUAGUUUAAAGGGCUUACAGGCGAAGUGCGGGGUAAACUACCCCUCUUUUAAGCCUGUAACCUGCUGAAACGUUUGAGUUUAUC